CCGGUCACUCUUCAAUGCGGCCACUCUUUAUGCUCGAAAUGUUGCACUGCUCUGUUGGAGUCGUACGGCGCAAACACGGUACCACGCCGUUCAAGAAUUCGCAUGGGGUUGAGCAGCGUGAGCUAUACGCAACUCGAAAGAAAGAGCAGUUUCCAAUCUGUCUCCUCUGUUCGGUCAGUUGGCCUUGCCUAUAAAUCGCCUCAAUGUAUCGUAUGCGGCGAACGUCCGAAGACGACACCUCCAGUACCUAAUCUAGAACUGGCAGUAUUCUUACGCACUCUGAAAGCUGAGAAAAUGACCGAACACGAAAAUCCAGCUUACAGAGAGAACAUUGAUGAUGACGGUUUAUCCGAUGACGACUACAAUUGCAAACGCAUAAGGGAAUGCAGAAUUGGUGUGAUGGGUGCAUCAGGCGUGGGAAAAACUAGCCUGACUCGGGUACAGUAUGGGAAUGAUAUUCUGUUCAGCGAUCUGUUAGGAAAACGUACGGAAGCCAGCCUCAGCAACACAUUUAUGAUCGAUAUUAUAGACUCUGAUAAUAGCGAGCAUUGCAUUCAAACUUCUCAAGGAUUUGUCAUAAUGUAUUCAAUCACCGAUCGUGAGUCGUUUUAUGAGGCUGCCGACAUCUUCACCGCAAUUGAAAGAGCCAGAGGAGGCAAGGUUCCAAUAGUGCUGGUUGGCUCCAAAUCGGACCAGCAUAGGAAGCGUCGUGUAACGGCGUUUGAAGGGCAAACUCUCGCUAGACACAUGGGCUGCCCAUUUAUUGAGAUCUCAGCAAGGAAUAAUGAUUGCGUCAAUGAGGCGUUCCUGGAGCUCAUGAGAAUUGUGGAGCGACGCCGAUUGAUGUUUUGUUCAUAA